AGACCCUUACACUACCACUGGAUUUUAUAGUAAUUGUUUCAUAUAAGUGAUAAAUGACUAAGAUAUGAGAUUGAAGAUGGAUCCAUUGUAGAAAGAUGAAAAGGGAAUUAAUAAGUGCUGGGGCAAACAAACGGAAUCCCUUUCACAAUGUUUGCCGUACGACGAUUGCAGUCCCAACAUCAUCAUCAUCAUCAUCUCACCUUCACUGUGCGCCCUCCUACGUUCAAUUUCGUAGCUCCUUUUCACUCCCAAUCGCAACGAACCCACCAGUUCUGGCCCGAUCUCCGGCGCUGGCGUGAUGCCCCGCACAACCACGCUCGAUCCUGGGGCCUCGACGGCCCAUCCAUCGCCUCCACCUCUUCCUACUCCAACGACGAUGACCCCACGGCCUCAGCCUCCUCCCUCGCGGACUGCGCCCGUAUCGUCCUCUCCACCCCCGACCCUCUAGCCAAGUCCCGGCUUUCCCAUCUCGCCUUCUCUCGCUGGCGCCGCCUUGGCCUUCCCGUCGGCAUCUCACGCCCGCCCGAUCGUCCUGCCCGGCCUCCCAAGCCUGUUCUUGUGAGCCCUAAAGAGAUACCCUCGCAUAAGGAAUUGGGUUUGCCGCUGAAUGCUUAUAUGCUUCAUAACUUGGCGCAUGUGGAGCUGAAUGCGAUAGACUUAGCAUGGGAUACUGUUGUUCGGUUUUCGACGUCCGGAGAUGAGCUUGGAGAUGAUUUCUUCUGGGAUUUUGCGCGUGUGGCUGAUGAUGAAAGCCGGCAUUUUUCGUGGUGCUCACAAAGGCUUGCGGAGCUUGGUUUCAAUUAUGGAGAUAUCCCUGCUCAUAAUUUACUUUGGAGGGAGUGUGAGAAGUCUGCUGGAGAUGUUUCUGCACGUUUGGCAAUGAUUCCAAUGGUUCAGGAGGCUAGAGGACUGGAUGCUGGACCUAGGCUAGUCCAGAAGUUAGUUGGUUUCGGAGAUCACCGAACUUCAAAUAUUGUAGCUAAGAUUGCCGAGGAGGAAGUUGCGCAUGUUGCUGUUGGUGUGUACUGGUUUGUUCUUGUCUGUCAAAAAAUGGGUCGUGUACCAUGUGCUACCUUCAAAGAUAUUUUAAAGGAGUAUAAUGUGGAGCUGAAGGGCCCAUUCAACUACACAGCUCGGGAGGAAGCAGGAAUUCCUCGUGAUUGGUAUGAUGGUACAAAUACAAGUGAGAGAAAAAGAGAGCUUGCUGAGGUCCAUGAUAGACUAGCAUGCAUUGUUGCAAUGGAGAAGGAAAACUCAAACUUGAAUAGCUGAUUCCAGCCUUAUUUUAAUAUAUAAUCAUGAUGUGUUUAUCUGACAAUCACCCAGGUACUUCAUGAACUGAACUUGUUCAUAUUUGCUUUUUCUUGUUCCUAUGUAAACUGUUGCGAUAGCUUCAUGGAUUAGUAAAAUCCCAUGGAUAUAGUUUGUUGAUA